GUCAUUUUCUGUCUCUUUAGGCUGAGAACUACCAGAACAUACGGUUAUGAUUCGAUUACUAUCAUCUGUGUUCAUUCUGGCUUUGGUGUGUUUAGUAAAUAGUCAAGUAAUCCUUGAAUCUUGUCGUGUGGAAUGCGGACAUGUCCUUGGAGUUCAAACUACUGAAGGUGCUGCUGUGCAGGCUGGCCCACCGGGUAAAAAAGGUCCUGCUGGACCGGUAGGCCCAAAGGGGCAAAAAGGCGACGAAGGCCAACCAUGUACGGGCUGUGGCGAAGAAAGUGAAGUUCGCCAACUUCGUGAAGAAGUAAACAACAUGAAACAAUUGCUGAUGCCACGCUCGUGCCAGGAUGUCUCAACAAGGAAACCGAACUGGUCAAAAGGCGGAGUUUACACCAUAUACCCUAAUCCUGGUUCACAAGUUGGCAUUCAAGUUUAUUGCGAUUUAGUAACUGAUGGUGGUGGUUGGGUGGUAUUUCAAAGACGCAAAGACGGCUCAGAAAACUUUUUUAGGGGUUGGAACGAUUAUGUUUCCGGUUUCGGGAACUUGGAAGGCGAACUUUGGCUUGGCUUGGAUGUGAUUCACAACUUAACUGCCAAUAAUGAAUACGAGAUGAGAGUCGAUUUAGAAGAUUUUAACGGCAAUAAAACUCAUGCAGUGUACAGCAACUUCGUUGUGUCGGUGGCGCCUCUGUAUGCACUUGCUGUAUCCGGUUACAGUGGUAAUGCAGGUUCGGCCAUGAUAUCAGGAAAUUUUUCGACCAAAGAUCGUGACCAGGACACCCUUGCUACAGCAAACUGCGCAGAGAGCUUCAAAGGUGGAUGGUGGUACACCGCAUGCCAUGCUGCUAACUUAAACGGCCUCUACCUGAGCGGACAACAUGAUUCGUAUGCGAAUGGUGUAAACUGGCGUCCGUGGCGAGGAUACCAUUACUCUUUGAAGAUUUCGGAGAUGAAGUUACGAAGAAAGUGACAAUCUGUGUACUUCAUGUAGCACGUCAUCUUGUACAUUGCUCCAACCAUUUUUGCAUUACAUAAAAAAAACUCCCAAAAAUAACAAUCUCUUUCAAAGUUUCUUAUUAAGUUACUCGUAAGCGGGCACGAAGUGUGUGAAACAGAACACCCGUGUCAUAAUUACUGUCUUGCCCCGCUACACGAGAAAAUGCGUGUAAUUCAUUUAUAUCAUUAAAUAUACUUACAGUGAACAACCUCUUAUAGAUUAAACAAAACAACAGUAUCCGGUC